UGCACGGAGAGAGAGCCCAGAGGGACAGCGCCCAGAGCCGGGGUACAGAGCCGCUCAGCUUCCCUGCCCCGCUGGCCCCAGAGCAGGGGCACAGCGGCCAGGGGCCCCUGCCCCCUCCUCAGCUUCGCUCCAGGGCCCCUUUAAGACUGAACGGGUCCUGUCUCUCUGAGUUAACCCCUCGAAGUCCAGGUGGCCUCUUGGGCUCCAAGCCGGUGGGCGGAGGCAGAAGCGACAGGGAGCCAGGGGCGGAGAAAGUGUUGCCCGAAGUCUGGGAGGGAGAGAAGGAGGCAGAGGAGCUGGGAAGGCGGCCCGCUGAGCCGAGCCCGCGAGGGACACCCCCCAACCACCACGCUGUGCCAGGCGGGCAGUGCCAAAUCAGGGCGGGGGGAGCUGGGAGCUGGGGGGAGGGUCGGGGACAGCCCGGCCCUGCCCCCUCCCUCGCAGGGUGCCCAGCAACUUCUGAGGAAAGUUUGGCACUGACUGCUUGGUGCCCCGAGGAUGGGCAAGGUCCUGUUGGCUUGGUGCUGGGCGUUGUUCUGCUGGGGGCGCGUGGCUCCCAAGGGCCCACAGACUGAAGUGUCCCCCUUCGUGGGGAGUCCGGGGAACAUCACCGGUGCCCGAGGACUCAUGGGCACCCUUCGGUGUGAGCUCCAGGUUCAGGGGGAGCCCCCUGAGGUGACCUGGCUUCGGGAUGGACAGGUCCUCGAGCUGGCAGACAGCACCCAGACCCAGGUGCCCCUGGGCGAAGACGGGCAGGAUGACUGGAAAGUGGUCAGCCAACUCAGAAUCUCGUCUCUGCAGCUCUCAGAUGCAGGAUGGUACCAGUGCGCCGUGGUCCUGGGAGAAAAGACCUUUGUGUCUCAGCCUGGCUACGUGGGGCUGGAAGGCCUGCCUUACUUCCUGGAGGAGCCUGAGGACAGGACUGUGGUUGCCAACACUCCCUUCAACCUGAGCUGCCGGGCGCAGGGACCCCCAGAGCCCGUGGACCUCCUCUGGCUCCAGGAUGCUGUCUCCCUGGCUUCAGCCAUGGACCACAGCCCCCAGCACACACUCCGCGUUCCAGGCCUGAACAAGACUGCUUCUUUCUCCUGUGAAGCCCACAACGCCAAGGGGAUCACCACAUCCCGCACAGCCACCAUCACAGUGCUCCCCCAGCGGCCCCACGACCUCCACUUGGUUUCCACCCAGCCAACAGAACUGGAGGUGGCUUGGACCCCAGGCCUGAGCGGCAUCUACCCCCUCACCCACUGCAUUCUGCAGGCUGUGCUGUCAGACGACAGGGUGGGCACCUGGCUGGGAGAGCCGGACCCCCCAGAGGAGCCCCUCACCUUACAAGCGUCCGUUCCCCCUCAUCGACUACGGCUGGGCAGCCUCCAUCCUCACACCCCUUACCACCUCCGGGUGGCCUGUGUCAGUAGCCAGGGCCCCUCACCCUGGACCCACUGGCUUCCUGUGGAGACACCGGAAGGAGUGCCCCUGGGCCCUCCUGAGAAUGUUAGCGCCAUGCGGAAUGGGAGUCAAGCCCUUGUGCGUUGGCAGGAGCCAAGGGCACCGCUGCAGGGCACCCUGUUAGGGUACCGACUGGCCUAUCGAGGUCAGGAUACGCCUGAGGUGCUGAUGGACGUAGGGCUAAAGCGAGAGGUGACCCUGGAGCUGCGAGGGGAGGGGUCUGUGCCCAACCUGACGGUGUACGUGGCAGCCUACACCGCGGCUGGGGAUGGACCCUGGAGCCUCCCUGUGCCCCUGGAGCCCUGGCGCCCAGGACAAGGACAGCCAAUUCACCAGCUGGUGAGUGAACCCCCAGCCCCUGCCUUCUCGUGGCCCUGGUGGUAUGUACUGCUGGGAGCAGUUGUGGCCGCCGCCUGUGUCCUCAUCCUGGCCCUGUUCCUCUUCCACCGGCGGAAGAAGGAGACCCGUUAUGGAGAGGUGUUUGAACCAACCGUGGAGAGGGGUGAGCUGGUGGUCAGGUACCGUGUUCGCAAGUCCUACAGUCGGAGGACCACUGAAGCCACCUUGAACAGCCUCGGCAUCAGCGAAGAGCUGAAGGAGAAACUGCGGGAUGUGAUGGUGGACCGGCAUAAGGUGGCUCUGGGGAAGACCCUGGGAGAGGGAGAGUUCGGAGCUGUGAUGGAAGGCCAGCUCAACCAGGACGACUCUGUCCUCAAGGUGGCUGUGAAGACCAUGAAGAUUGCCAUCUGCACAAGGUCGGAGCUGGAGGAUUUCCUGAGUGAAGCCGUCUGCAUGAAGGAAUUCGACCACCCCAACGUCAUGAGGCUCAUUGGCGUCUGUUUCCAGGGUUCUGAACGAGAAGGCUUCCCGGCGCCCGUGGUCAUCUUACCUUUCAUGAAACACGGAGACCUACACAGUUUCCUUCUCUAUUCCCGGCUCGGGGACCAGCCAGUGUUCCUGCCCACCCAGAUGCUGGUGAAGUUCAUGGCAGAUAUUGCCAGUGGCAUGGAGUAUCUGAGUACCAAGAGAUUCAUACACCGGGACCUGGCUGCCAGGAAUUGCAUGCUGAACGAGAACAUGUCUGUGUGUGUGGCUGACUUUGGGCUCUCCAAGAAGAUCUACAAUGGGGACUACUACCGUCAGGGACGCAUCGCCAAGAUGCCGGUCAAGUGGAUUGCCAUCGAGAGCCUGGCAGACCGUGUCUAUACCAGCAAGAGUGAUGUGUGGUCCUUUGGGGUGACGAUGUGGGAGAUUGCCACGCGAGGGCAAACCCCAUAUCCAGGAGUGGAGAAUAGCGAGAUUUAUGACUACCUGCGCCAGGGAAACCGCCUGAAGCAGCCCGUGGACUGUCUGGACGGACUGUACGCCCUGAUGUCCCGGUGCUGGGAACUAAACCCCCGGGACCGGCCGAGUUUUGCAGAGCUGCGGGAAGACCUGGAGAAUACCCUAAAGGCCCUGCCCCCUGCUCAGGAGCCAGACGAAAUCCUCUAUGUCAACAUGGAUGAGGGUGGAGGUCAUUCUGAACCACUUGGAGCUGCUGGAGGAGCGGACCCCCCAGCUCAGCCUGACCCUAAGGAUUCCUGCAGCUGCCUCACUGCCGCCGAAGUCCAUCCUGCGGGCCGCUAUGUCCUCUGCCCUUCUACAGCCCCCGGCCCCAUCCUGCCUGCUGAAAGGAGCUCCCCAGCACCCCCGGGGCAGGAGGACGGCGCCUGAGACCACCCUCCACCUGGGACUUCCUCUCAGGACCCAAGCUAGGCACUGCCACUGGGGGACCCGCCCCCUACUUUCCCACUCCAGACCUUACCCCCAACCAUAGCCCUUUCUUCCUACCUGUUCCACUUCCAUCCCAGACAGAUCCUCUCCCUUUUCCACACCUUAGUGUCCCCAUGCGUAAAAGAAAGGGAUUAGACUGAAAUCCCUGAGGGCCCUCCCAGGUCUAACAUUCCAAGAUUCUAGAUUCUAAGGUUUAAAGACUCUAGAUUCACAGGGUCUAAGUUUCAAAGCUGAGUCUUUGAGUCUAAAGACUUGGAAUUCAAGUCUCUAAUUCUAAAGUGCUAAGGUUCUAGACACGGAAGUUCUAAGGCCUACAUUCUAAGGCUCUGACAUGCUGUGGCUCUAGAUUUUUCUGGUUCUGAGAUUCUUCAUAAAGCCCAUGAAAUUUUAGGUUACAAAGCUCUAAGAUUCUAUUUCUAGAAUCUAAGGCUCUGUGAUUUUAGAUUUUUGUUUUUCUAGGGUUCUAAGUCCUGAGGGUGUAAGAUACUAGAUCCUACAAUUCUAAAAAUCCUACAGUUCUAGACAUGGAGGUUCUAAGGUCUUAUGUUCUAAAAUUUGAAGUUCUGAGCCUCUUAGAGUAUAACUUUUCUGGUUUUAAGACUCCAGAUCAUAAGCCGCAAGAUUUGAUCUUCUCAAGUUCUAAGAUUCUAAUGAUGGUCAGUGACAGAGUCUAAGGCUUUAUGAUCCUCGAAAUCCUUGUUAUGAGACUGUGGAUCCUGAAGAUCUAAAAUGCUAGCAUCUGCAAUUCAAAAGUUCUACUAGUCUAAAGAUGGAGGUUCUAAGGUCUAAUGUUCUAAGAUGUGAUGUUCUAAGGCUUAGUCUAAGAACCUAGAGUCUCUGUGUCUAAGAUUCCAGAUCAUAUGCUUCAAGAUUCUAGAUUAUUAAACUCUAAGAUUCUAAUGUUGUUCUGUUCUGUGUUCCAAGGCAUUCUAGAUCCUAUUGGUCCAAGAUUCUGGAUCCUCAGCAUCUAUGGUAUAGAUAGUCCACAGUUAGUGGUGACAAACUGGAUGCCAAAGUUCUAAUCAUUUUUAAUUUCGGACACCUUUAAGUUCUAUGCUGCAUCUUCUCUUUCCAGGAUUUUAGUUAAGGGUCUAGGAAUUCAUGGUUCUAAGUUUUACGAUUCUGGGUUCCAAGAUCCACAUGUUAUAAGAUUCUAAAGGUCUAGAAUUCCAAAGUAAAAUUCUGAGGUUCUAACCUUAUAGUUUUAUCCUGUGUGACCCUUCCCUUCUUAGCCACCUCUGCUUCCUCUUCCUUUCAUGUGGGGGUGUGCCCCCUCAAACCUGUGCAAUGCAAUAAAGAUGCCUCCUUUCCCCAGAGGACAUGCCUCCUUUCCCCAGAGGACAAUAUCCCUCCUUUGGGGGCCAUAUUGCUCCCCUGAGCCAGUCCUUUAUGCCUCCUGAACAGAGUGUGAACCCUGGCACCUCCAGUGGGGCUCAGAUCACAUAAAACUUUGUAACCAUG